CGAGGAUUUGGAUAAAUUUCUUGAGAGGUCAAGAUUUUGCCGAUAGGCGGUGAGAGCGGCUAUUCCCAAACGAGUUAGCGGCAUCAGGAACUUUUCCGCCGCCCUUUUGGUGUCGCGACAAUGAAGAAUUCAACAAAGCACCCCUGCCGCCUGGUCUGUCGCUCCAUCCACCAAGUCCUGAGAUAGAGCGCUCAGUGACCUUCAGUCUCGCCUGUCCUUUGGUUUUUUGAUUUGUCACAUUCACCCUCCCUAACCCCGCCACAAUGUCUGACUACGGCGACCACGAAGCUGAGGAAAACUACGACUACGAGCCCGAGCAGAACUACGACGAUAAUGAGCCCGAAGAUUUCCUCGACCCAGAAGACGUUGAAGGCGAAGGUGGCGCCGAUGGAUACGAAGACGGCUCGUAUGCGCCUGCCGUGAACGGAGAUCGUGUUGUGGUUUCGGGCGACCCAAACGCAGGGUAUGCGGGCAAGGUGGUCGAACAGGCACGAGCCAAGAAGAUUCCCAAUGACCAGCGCACGACAACCCCAUACAUGACCAAGUAUGAGAGGGCCCGUGUUCUCGGCACAAGAGCUUUGCAGAUCAGUCUGAACGCGCCGGUGCUUGUGGACCUGGAAGGGGAGACGGAUCCUUUGCAAAUCGCUCUCAAGGAGCUAGCCCAAAAGAAGAUCCCUCUCAUUGUGAGGAGGUAUCUGCCGGACGGAACCUACGAGGACUGGACGUGCGAGGAACUGCUAUAAAUCUAAUGACGAGUUUGUAUCUUACAAUGGGCUUUCUAUUUCUUUUCUUCUGGUCGAACUCUUCGAGUUCCCGCAUAGCGUUUGGAGUUCAGGAAUAGCAUGGGCACCGGCUUGCGAGCCGGGCCCUGCAAAGGGAAAAUACCAAAAAGAUGUAGCAUUCCUAACUCGAGAGAGCUUUCUAUAUUAGAUUCUGAUUAACGAAUGACCUAUCAUAACUCGAUAUCUCUCAAUCGUUCUUGGGCUAGUCUAACAAAGUAGCCUAGAAACACGGACAUUUUCGUCUUUAUGGCGCGAUGCAGAGCUCCAAUACUCUUGAUAGAUCAAACAAUCGGGUCAAACCCAGCUUCUAGAAUAUGCACGGACUGCUGCGAUCUCUUGUUUAAAUCACUUAGACCUC